AUGACGGCGCCCGCGAGGAUCCUGCGCCGGCAUCUGCGCAGGGACUCUGCGUGGACCGGCCCAACUGCGACCGCUGCCGCCGCCGCCUGCAUCGUCUAUGCGUCUCCAUGGACGCUCGACCGCCGCCGUGAACGUGUAGCUCGCUACAUCUCGUCCGGUUCCGUCCGAAAGUCCCCCGCGCAAACGCCCGCCGCAAAGUUUAAGCAAUCGUCGACCAUAGCGAACAACACCGCCGCCGUCCCCGCCCCCUCCGGGAGGGGAGAUUUCUUCCCUGAGGCUUGGUUUACAUACCACCCGAGGCUACAGACUGUUCCACCGGAAGAGGCGGAACCGGACCUGCCGCCGCCGGAGAAUAGGAAUGUCAAGCUUGGGAAGACUAACUUCUCCCCCCCUCCCACCCCCCCUCAACAAUCAGCCCUCCGCAUCCUCCAAGACCGCCUGCCAACCCUCCUCCAGUCCCCCCUCCCGCAAGAAGUCCUCUCCCCCCACAUCACCCUGCACCUCUUCCCCUCCACACACCCGCACCUCCCCACGGUAACCGGCCGCGUAGCCUACAUCGCCGCGCUCUGGUCGAGCCCAAUCGCAUGGAACCGGGUCCCCCUCGUCGGCAACGUACGUCUAGAGAUUCUGAGCGCACGCAUGGUGCAUAGACCAGCAACCCUGAGCCCCGGGAUGUCAGCGUCGGCAGCGGCGGGGGGCGAAGGCAAGUUAGCAGAUAAGGAGGAGGACGAGAUUGUGGGACCGGAGCAGUUGAUUGUAAAGUGGAGGACUGUUGGGGGAGGGAAGGGGUUGAGUGGGUUACUGGCGGGGGUUACGGGAUUUGUGCAAAAGAAGGGGAGCUCGGGGAGCAGAGAGAACAGGCCGAGUACGGAUGCUGAGGCGAAAGACCAACCCGCUGAGCAACAAUCGCAAAAUGCCGAUCCUCAGUCAAGCAGCUCAUCCGACCCCGACCCUCCAACCUCGUCAACAUCUCUCUCCUCGUCGGACUAUGAAUAUACCGGCCCCGAUACACCAACCUCCCCCAAAGAGUUCACCGGCCUCUUCAUCUUUGAAUUCGACCGCGAAGGCCGCAUCCUGCACCACACCAUCGAGCACAUGCAGCAGGGAGGGCAGUGGGAGAAGGGAGUUGGUGCCAAGGUCGUUGGCCUGACAGAUUGGCUAUUGGGCGGCAUCAAGGGAGGAGGAACGGCCGGCGGAGGUCCUGUGGCUCCCGCUUUCGCCAGGGUGAGGUGUAAUAGUGUUGGGAGAUGGUUGUUUAAUCGGAGGAGGUGA